AUGGGCUUCGAAACGUCGUCCCAUGCCAAGCACUGGCUGUUUACGGAAGACACUAUCCUUCGCAUGCGUAAGGAGAGCCAUGCCCGCGGCGUCGCCGGUGUCCUCGCCGCCUAUGCAGACCACGCCGAGUUUCUUGGCACUCCGCCUGCGGACGAUGCGUUUCCGUCGGUGGAGGACGAGACGGUGCUGGUGGACUUUUACGCGCAGCAGAUGUGGGUGCUGUGCAAAAAGGUGGAGCUCCCGCCAAAGGUCUUUGGCUGCGCAGUUAUUUUCCUCAAGCGGUUCUACCUCAAGACGUCUGUACUCGAGUAUGUGCCCAAGGAGGUGAUGUUGACGGCGCUGGUGCUGGCGGCCAAGUCUGAGGAGGUCCACAUUGCGCCUUCGGCCUUUGCUGCCAAGUUCAAGGUCAAGCCCGAGGCCAUCAUUGCACUGGAGAUCAUGAUGCUGGAGAAGCUCUCGUUCCACCUCAUGGUGUACCAGGUGUGGCACCCGAUCGGCGGGUUUGUGGACAUGUUUCGGCGGCUGGAUCCCGAGUGCGACUGGCAGACAUUGCGCGACGAGGCCAUGGAGUGGGCACGCGACGCCAUGCUCUCGGACCUUAUCCUGCAGUACCCGCCGUCGCAGCUUGCUCUCGCCGCCACUUGCCUCGCCGCCGACGAGGCCGGCCUCGAUGCUGACACCUUUCUUGCCCACCAGUUCCCUGGCCCGGAAAAUGACGCACUGCGCGCCACCAUCCGCGAGCUGGAGAACGCCCUCGACACCGCUUCCCAGACCACGCUCGACAAGGCCGCAGCGCGCGCAGCCAACGCCGCACUUGACGCCACCCGCAAUCCGCUGCUUGAUCCCGAGUCGGCGCUCUCCAAACACCUCGCCGAGCGCGCACUCGAGGACAAGGCCACCGCCCAGCUCGCCGAGCUCGAGCGGGCCAACGCCCGCCGUGCCGCCAAGCAGCGCGAGCUCAUGGGCUUUGACGACGGCGGCGCCGGCUCGUCGAGCGACGAUGCGCCGGUUGCUAUGGUGGAAGGCAAAUGA